GCGAGCAGCCUUUGCUCUAUAAGCUGUGAAGCAUUAUUUUCAUCACAACAAAACGUAAUGGCUUGUUGAUCGUAAAUAUUUAUUGUAAAAAAUCUAGUGAAUAAUUCUUCAAUUAAUAAUUGUCAAUUAAUGAAAAAUGGCAACAUCUUAUAUUAAGGAUGAACAAGGUGGAACAUUUAUUGCACCUAGUCAACGACCUGAUGGAACCUGGAGAAAGCAAAGAAGAGUUAAAGAUGGAUAUGUACCUCAAGAAGAAGUACCAUUGUAUGAAAGUUUGGGAAAACAAUUCCAGAAAAAUAAACUAUCUUAUCCAGUUGGAAUGUCUCCAGAAUAUGUAGCAGCUCAUAAAGCAAAAGUUGAAGCAGAAAAGAAUAGAAGUACAAUUCCAGGAAUGGUGAUUUCAAAUGAAACCAAAAAGAAGAAGAAAAAAUCGAAUAAGAAUAAAUUGAUGAAUUCGGUAACAGAAGAUUUAGCAAAAACGUCAAUUUCAGAAAUUGAAGUGAAAAAACCUACAACGAAUAAACCACAGCAAGCUGGAAAACCAGUCAAAUCACAAUCUACUAACUCAACAAGAAUAGAUACCAAGUUAAUUUUAAGUGAUAGUAUGAAACGAUUGAAAAACUUGAGAAAAAAACUUCGUGAAAUUGAAGUUUUGGAAAAUAAAAUAAAAAGUGGUGAAAUAAAAAAUCCUGAAAAAGAAAUGCUUGAUAAAGUAGCAAGAAAAAAAGAUGUUGUGGAUGAGAUUAAACUUUUAGAAUCGAAUCAAUAAUUUUUUAAAUUCUUGAGAACAAUAACGAAAUGACUUUCAUUUGUACACUUGUGCUGGAUGACUUUUUGCAUUGCAAGAAUAAUUUGUAUAUUAUCUAUUUUUAGAGAUUUUUCAUGUAAUUGUAUAAAAAAUAUUUCAUUUAAUAUAUAGAUAAAAAUCAUCAUGAAUUAAUUCGUAUAUUUAGUCUUGAAGAUUUGUAAUCGUAUCAUAUAUUCUAUUGUAAUAUUGAACUGACUUAAUCU